CCCCGCCCACAGGAACCAGAGUUUCCGGAUUUGGAAGAGAAGUCCUGAACAGAGGAAGAGAAGAAGAAGCUGCCUCCAGCUGAACCAGGAUGUCGAUGGCGGAGGCGCCUUUAGAUCUGUUCUCAGAGCAGGAGUUAACCUGCUCCAUCUGUCUGGACCUGUUCGUUGAACCAGUCACAACUCCCUGUGGACACAACUUCUGCCAGGCGUGUAUUGGAGGUUACUGGGCGUCCAGUCCCGUGUGCACGUGUCCGCUGUGCAAACAUCCGUUCGAUGAACGACCUCAGCUCAGCGUCAACAAAGUCUUCGCUCUCAUCGCAGACAAAUACAAAGAGACUCGUUAUGGAGCCGCGGGGUUUCCCCCGCCGGGCGGGAACGAGGCGCCGCGGACGACUGGCGACACGAACCCGUUUCUGACGGUGGCGACGGUGGCGACAGGUGAGGAGGUGGUGUGGUGUGAUGUGUGUACCGGAGGGAAACAACCGGCCGUCAGCUCCUGCCUCACCUGCACGGCCUCAUACUGCACUGAGCAUGUGCGGCCACAUCACACCACGCCCUUCUACUCCAAACACCCACUGAUGGAUCCUCUGGAGGCUCUGCGGGGCCGCACCUGCUCCGUCCACCGCCGCCUGCUGGAGGUGUACUGUCGGACAUGUCAGAGGUGUAUCUGUGCCAUUUGUGUCCUGGAGGAACAUCGAACACACAAAACUGUCUCUGUCCAGACAGAGAGACUCAGCAAACAGAAACAGGUGGCGAGGACGGAGCAGGAAAUCCUGAACCGGAUCAGAGAGCGAGAGAUCCACGUGACGGAGCUCCGGAGGAAACUGGAGGGAGUGAAGAACUACGCAGACGGACAGCGAGGGGAAGCUGAACAGCUGCUGGACGAAGUGUCCGCUUCCCUCGACCGGAUCCGGACGCGGGUGGUGGGCGGGAUCGAGAACCAGCUGGAUGCCGUCAUGUCCAAGGGGGAGGGGCUGGUGAGCCGUCUGGAGGCGGAGCUCAGCCAGUUGAUGGACAGGAGGGCCACACUGGAAGUCCAGGCCAUCAGUCAGGAUCACAUCGGUUUCCUGCAGAGCUUUGAGGAGGCCACAGUGCCUCUGGCUGACGAUCUGCAGAUCAACGUGGAACCUGAGUUCUCCCUCCAUUUCAAUCUGGCGGAGGUGAAGAGUUCUCUGACAGACGUGAAAGACAAGAUGGACGACAUCAGGAUGGAGGAGGUCUGCUCCCGGGGCUCCGGAGGCUCCUUUUCCUCCACAGACCUGAUGGCGGCGGAGAGCAUGCUCAGUCUGAGAGGAAGCAGCUCCAACCUGAGGAAGAGUCAGUGGUCUCUGAGAGAUAUGAAGAAGUUCAAAGCCGUCUCAGGACACAAAAAGGCUCGUGUCUACAUGGAGGACGUGACGUUGAACCCGGUGACGGCGUAUCCCUUCCUCAUCCUGUCUGAGGACAGGAAGCAGGUGAAGCGAGGAGAGAAGCUGCAGUUCUACAGAAACAGUCCUCACAGGUUCGAUGUGUGGUCCUGUGUCAACGCCAAGGAGGGAUUUGGCUCUGGACGCCAUUACUGGGAGGUGUUUGUCGGGGAGAAUAAGGACUGGAAGGUGGGCGUGGUCAGCGAGUCGGCUCAGAGGAAAGGUCUGUUCGACAUGAGUCCCUCUAACGGAUACUACGCCAUCUGGUGGAGUGGCAGCCAGCUGCGGGCGCUCACUGCACCCCCACUCACCAAGGUGAAGAACCCUCAGAAGUUGCGUCAGGUGGGCGUCUUCCUGGACGUGGACGUGGGUCAGGUGUCCUUCUAUAAUGCCAAGUCGGGCUCUGAGAUCUACAGCUUCACUGGAUCGUCUGAGUUUACAGAGAGGAUAUUUCCUCUGCUGGGAACUGGAGACAAAGAGGUCCCCCUGGUGCUCAUCACCGCACAGCACCACGUGGCCUGAGGGCCGGGCCUCGUCCCCGAGCGAGACAGAGGAGACGAGACGAAAGACGACGGGACAGACGAAGGGACAGAGGAGACGAAAGACGACGGGACAGAAACUUUGAUUCAGUUGUGACUCUGUUGCCUUUGACGACUAAAUAAAACGUCAGUCCUCCUUUGAUCUUUCUUCGGAAACCAGAUCCACCGAUAGAUCAGCGAACAUAAGAACAGCUGACGUCUCGUCUCACGUUCCAGAUCCUUCAACUGUAAAAAAACCACCGUGAUAAUUGAGUUUGUUGAUUAAUGAGUGAAUAAAGUGUCAGAAAUAAAUGAAACAAGAAAACAUGUUUAACAUAUGAACAUUAAAACAUAUGAACAUUAGAAA